CCUAAUGAAGUAACCUUGAUACCUCUGCCUUUCAACGACUCACAUAUCUUGGUGACCCACGUGACCUUGAUAUAUCCACUUCUUGCUCGAGCAAUUCAGUUACGAGAGAGAAUUAACACCUUGGUGUACGCUUAUUAUUUAGGGAUGAUUUUCGCUGGAGCAACUUCAGCGCAAAAAAGGCUACUCCGUGAACUGGUUACGCCUCACUAUUACAUUACCGCUCUUAGAAUUUACGAUAUCUUCGUCGUUGUCGGCAUGGCUCAAAUCUAUCGAACGGCCAUAGUCACCUAUUAUGAUAUUCAAGACUUAAGAGUUGCAGAA